ACUCUGAUAUUUCGUCGUCUCCAUAUCUGCUAUUCUAAGGCGAAAAUAGCCCAACACAAUGGCAAAAUGGGUCGAAGUUGGAGGUAAAAAAUACGAAGAAGACUCUACAUUCCAUCCAGACAGGGUCGACCCACAAACAAGCUGGCCCGAGGAGGGUGGACAUAGGAAUCGGUUGGCCAUGGUCAACGUUCACAGGGAAAUACGACAAGGGUGGGAGAAAACAAUGAGUAUAUUUCAUCGCCGACGAUAUGGAAACACGGUCUAUCUCGGAACUUUCAUUUUUGUGGUUAUAUUUGUUUUCACCAUUGGAGCAGCAAUCAGGCACGGUGGACCGGAUGUUUACAAUAUGAGAGCAACGCAUGCGAUCAGAAAAGCAUUGUCUGCCCAUGCGCGUAGAUUUCUUCCGUUCUAUCGGUCAGGCCCGAUGAAUGUGAUUUUUAUCGUCGCUGAUGAUUUGGGAUGGAAUGAUAUCGGUUAUAGAAAUCCAGAGGUAGUCACACAAAAUUUGAACAGAUUAGCCAGAGAGGGCGUGGUUUUGAAUCAGUCAUAUGUCCAGUCCACGUGUUCGCCAUCACGUGCCGCCAUGAUGACUGGGUAUUACCCGCAUAGGAUGGGACUGCAGCAUCGAACAAUCACAGUGAACCAGGCUAAGUUCAUCCCGCUGAGUAUCCCAACAUUGGCCGAGGAGUUGAAAUCUCGAGGAUAUACAACUCGAAUUGUAGGAAAAUGGCAUGUCGGCCAUUGCAACUGGAAAUACACGCCGACAAACCGUGGUUUCGAUUCUCACUUUGGAUAUUUGGGCGCAUCAGAGGACUAUUACAAACACACUGCUCGCGGUGUGCACGACUACUGGAACAACACUGCACCUGACUUCGACCAUGAAAAUGUUUAUUCGACGGACACAUUCGCAGAUAUUGCAGUUGACCUGAUACGAGAUCAUGCCGCAACUCGCGCAGAGCCUCUUUUCAUGUAUCUGGCGUUUCAAUCAAUCCACGGCCCGCUGAACGAGCCACCAGGGCGAUACAUAUCGCCUCGGCAUAACGAGAACACGAAGAAGAACCGACGAACAGUCAACAACAUGAUCUUGGCACUUGACGUAGCUAUCGGGAGGGUAGCAAACGCUUUGGAAGAAACGGGCAUGAUGGGAAACACGCUGUUAGUUUUCACGAGUGACAAUGGGGGCGCUUUAGACUCUUGGGGAGACAAUACUCCGCUGCGUGGCGGAAAAUUCACCCAGUGGGAGGGCGGCACGAGGGCAGUCACGUUCAUAAACAGUCCAAUGGUAAAGUCUCCUGGACGAGAAUUUAACGGGCUUUUUCACGCGGUUGAUUGGGCGCCCACGAUUCUUGCUGCAGUGGACUCGCAGUUGAAUUCUCAACAAAUAGCUACAUCUGAUAUGGACGGUUUGAAUCAAUGGGACAGUCUUGUAGAAAACACUCGUGGUAUUACCCGCAAUGACAUGGUUUAUAUUUUUGAUGAGGUGGACGGGACUUACGCAUACCGAUACGGACAUUUCAAGCUAAUUAUUGGGCCACCAGUUUGUGCAGAAUACCAGCAUCAAAUGACGGAAAAUAAAGGUCCCGAUCCCAACUGCUGGUACGACUCCAUUCAUACUAGGAAAAAUACCACGUGUGACUACGAACUUGCCGACACCAUGUUGUUCAAUGUUGUUAACGAUCCUGAGGAACGUUUCAAUUUGGCUGCUCGGCGACCGGAUGUAGUGAACGCCCUCAAACAGAAGAUGAAAGAACUAAAAAAGGAUGCCAUCCCAAACCAGUCCAAUGAACCAGUUGACAUUAGCGGCAGCACGAAGGAUGCUGUACUUUACCCAGGAUGGUGCUAGUGUAGAUUGGUACUACGAUAAUUCGAUUUCGUCCAAUUCAAGUCCCAAUCUUUUGCUGGUGGAGCGUCAUUGGACUGUUAUAAAUUGAUA